GCUGCUUCUUCUAUUUCUAUCUAUAUGGGAUGAUAAGAAAAGAGGAAAAGAUAGACACAUCCAACACGUUGGUCUUUUUUAUCUCGCAUCCAGCUAUUUGCUAGGUAUGUACUGCAUAUUCCUUCCUUUCUAUUCCUCAUCCAACCCAAUAGUAGAAAAUAACUUAAACAACUGCGAAUCUUCUUUUCUCUACCUUUUCCUCACUUUUCCAUCCGAAAUCUUAUUUCUUGUACAAAUAAUUUCCUUCGUCGUCGACUUUGUUCUAUGAAAAUACUAUUGCAGACGCGCCCAAAAAUAAAUCCAUCAUAUUUCGCUCCUGAUCUUUCGACCUGUCAAAUUAAGUGGAAAUUAAGAAAAGUGCUGCAUUCGCCACGAUGAUUGAUCAAUCAGAUACCGGAAAGUCCUUGGAUGUCAAGCUACGUAUAGCACAGAGAAAAGCUGAAAAAGUCAAAGAAUUGCGAGCCAAGGCAUUGGAAGAAGCUAAAGUACUAAAUGAGUUGAAGUUAAUGCAAGAUGCCAAUGGGUUCACUUCUAUCUCGUCAGCUAUGGUACCGCUUCCUCGGGACGAGAUGCGCAUCAUAUCUGAGGAAGAAAAGGAUGAUCAUGUUGCAAUAAAAAAUGCAAAGGCAAAAACCAACCUUGAUUCAGAUAAUGAAACAGCCUUGACCAAUACAGAUUCUACUCUUCCGCCUCAAAAGCCAACCAUCGAGUUCGAUAAUCAAAAUCGUACUUCAUCCAAUCCGAAGCUUCUGAAAAGAGAGUCUCUCCCAGUCACAAAGUCAUCGAUUAUACUCAUCUCAAUUGAUCCUGACAAGCGACGAUUCUUUCAACCCUUGGCAGAUGCUAUCACAUCGUCCAGUGCUGAUCAACUUGGCAAAAUAUUGUUGCGUUUAUGUGUCAAGUAUCCAGAUGCUAGAGCUGUGGUCGAAUCUUUUCUUGCAGAUACUAGUGAUGAAGAUAUCAUCAACAAUCCGACUGUCACACCUCAAUUAAUCCGCAAGAAUUCAAACCCCAAAGUCCACCAAGCCCCACAAAGCUUACCCCUCAUCAAAAAAGUCACAAAGGAUUUGUUACCGCCAGCUUCAAAACAGAAGGUAACAUUGGAAGAGGAACCAAGACCACCUACCAUUCUGAAGUCUGCCAAAAAAGACCCGCCAUUACCACCAAGCCGAUUCCAUGUUACGAAGUCUGCUAGAAAGGAUUCAGAACAAUCACAACAACAACAACCAAAACACAUCUCUGCUCAGACUACGGUGGCCAGCGUAAAGCGCAAACGGGAAGAGUCUAUUGAUACUUCAAUUGUCACUCAGUCACUGAAGAAAUCAAAACCUUCUGCAAGUGACAAUUCAAAAGAUAAACAGAUACAGUCAUUACCAGAAAAGAAGUUUGUCAUUCCUAAAUGGUCAAAGAUAGAUCCUUCCUCAAAGUGGCAUGAAUAUACACCUCCAACACCCAAGAUGUCGUCAAAACCUCCGAGUACACUCGAAGGUACGAAAAUCAAGAGCACAUUUGAAAGUUCGAAACCCAAGGCAAUAAACCCUUUGCUAUCACUGUUUGAUUCCGACGAUUCCGAAGGAGAAUCAUCCUCAGGUAAAUACCCUUGCACAGUUAAUUCUUGUCGGAAAGUUUUUGCUGCGUCACGUAAUUUGGAUCGACAUAUGAAAGCUGUACAUGAAUAAGAAGGGAAACCAUUCGGAUGUUCUCUUUGCACCUGGCAGUUUGCUCGCCGAGAUUAUGUUCACAGACAUCUCGAAUCUUCUCACACUUCGGCCGGAUUGAAAUGCAAUGCUUGUGGAUUUACGUAUCGAGACGCAGAUACUUUGAAUGCAUAUAUGAGAUCGAAACAUGGUGUAAGGCUUAUUGAGGAAAAGAGCAAGGAAUUGUCAACGCCGCCAAAUACUAUUAAGAAGAAAGUCAGUUUUCAGGAUGAGUCGAGGAAGCCUUGAAUUACCUGAGUUGUCGACAUGCCACGGACAUCACUUGACUCAACCUCCAAAGAAGACUUUCCCCCUGGUUGCAUCGGACUCGAACAUUUGUGAGUGACAGGGAGCAUUUGGUCUGAAAGACAACUACACACUAUAAUAGCAUCCAAAGUACACCAGUGUUCAUCGACUAAAGAGCAAUAUAUAUCCGUCACGAUUUCUGUAAGAUUACCCGAAAACUCUUUUCCUCAAGUACAUGCUCGUGUAAUUGAACAAAACUUACUAAUGUAAUUGAAAAGCAGAAGCGCAAUUUUCCGUUGUCAAAGUAGUGUCCCGAAUUCAUCGCACACAGCUGAAACGAUACUUUCGGCAAUAGUUUCUUCUACAUAUUACCUCGAAAUUUAUAUCUUUCCUUUUCAGAUAAUCAACUGCAAUUACAUACGACGCGUCGGAUUGCUGAUAUUGGUUAAGAAGUACGAUAAGUGCUUUGAUAAAUAGCGAUGGAGGAUUUACUUGAAUCUGAAAUGUAUUCGAUGUUGUAGCUAGCUGCGCUUGAGGUAUAGCUGUUGUGUUGUUUGUUGCAUUGUAUUGCAUUGCAUUGCAUAGUAAUUGCUGUGAGGAGAUUAGCUAAUAGAAAAGGAAUUAAAAACUACUGAUG